UGCCAAUCAAUAAUUAGGCGGUACUUCCUGUGUUACAUUGUUACAUUGUGGCCGUGUAGGGAAAUUAGCAACAAUGUAAUUCAGCAGUGACUUUAUUUGGGUUUGAAACACAAAAUGUUUAUUUCAGGUACAUCGGUGUAAAUGCCAAUUUUUUUGGGUUCUAGAAUCUAAAUUUAUCUGUGAGAUUAAGAAAUAGGAAAGGGACGAGGAGAGUUUCCUUGUGUUUUGUAUGCAUACCGGCUGAUACUUUGACACCUAAGUGGCUUUGACUCCUUGCUGCGUGCACUUUAAGAUGCUGUCAGACCUGUUGCUACACUUAACAGAAAGAUGACAGAAUACAAAUUGGUGGUGGUAGGAGCUGGUGGCGUUGGGAAAAGUGCUCUGACUAUUCAGCUGAUACAGAACCAUUUUGUGGAUGAAUACGAUCCAACCAUAGAGGAUUCCUACAGAAAACAGGUGGUUAUUGAUGGGGAAACAUGUUUAUUAGAUAUUCUGGACACAGCAGGUCAAGAGGAGUACAGCGCAAUGAGAGAUCAAUAUAUGCGAACGGGCGAGGGCUUCCUCUGUGUCUUUGCUAUCAAUAACAACAAAUCCUUCGAGGAUGUCCAUCUGUAUAGAGAGCAAAUUAAUCGAGUGAAAGACUCGGAUGAUGUUCCCAUGGUAUUAGUUGGAAAUAAGUGUGACCUUCCAUCACGGACUGUGGACACAAAGCAAGCACAGGAACUAGCAAAAAGUUAUGGAAUCCCAUUCAUAGAAACUUCAGCUAAAACUAGACAGGGCGUGGAAGAUGCAUUCUAUACAUUGGUGCGAGAAAUUCGCAAAUACAAAGAGAAGAUCAGUAAAAAUGGUAAAAAGAAGAAAAAGCCCUCAAAAAAAAAAUGCAUAAUUCUUUAAAAUAAUGUGCAAGACUUGUGAUCCAAAACUCCAAGGACUGUAUAUCAGAGAAGGAAGAAAACAAAUUGGAGUAUAAUAUCUCCUUCCCAUUGAAAGUGAACAAAUGCAGAAAAAAACUAAACUAGAAAUGUUGCAGUUUUUGCUUUUUAAACAUCCAGGUUCUCAUUAAUGUUGCAGUUUAUUUACAGUAUGAGGUAAAAUAUAACCUGUGUGGAACCAUUCAGCUUUUGCAAUGCCACAUAGUGGCAUAUAUCUUGACACAGCCAUUUUUAAUUAGGACAUCAAACAUUAAACAUCUGUGAGAAAAUCAGCAGAACACUGGAUUCCAAAGCUGAUCUUUCUAAUUAUAUAGAAAACCUGUGCCCUGCCCCAAUAUCUUUGCAAAUUCCAAACUUUAAACAAUGCAAGUUGAGAGAUGUUCAGGCAGUUUCUGCUUUGGUCUGAUGGUCAACAUUAAGAAAACAGACGAAGUCAACUCUUUGCACAGUGCAGUGCAUAAUUUCUUCUUUUAGGUGCUCUAGCAAUCAGUGGCAGAUAGUGAGCACUACAUCAUUUUACUCUGCUGGCCUAAACACCCAUUCUCUCCCAUCCCAUCGUAUUAUUUAAACACCCACUGUCCCACAUAACAGAUUCCACAUAAACAAGCCUUGCAUGUUAGUUGUGCUGAUGCUAUUGAGGAAUAUUAAAUAGCUAUGAUGUUUAAUACAAAUGUGAGAAGAGCUAAAGAUCUUGAACACUUGUGUUUUCAUGGGUACGAUCUAGAUAUCCAGUACUUUAAAAAGAAACUGCAAUCUGAUUUAAGUGCAGACAGGUAGUAGAUGUGUAAGUAUAUGUGGCUGUUUUGAUGUGUUUGUGCCAAAUUUGUGAACUGAUUCAAAAUGUUAACAGUUCUGGAAAGUGGUGGGCUAAAAGAUGCAGCAGUUGGACUCGGACUUGGGCCCUAGACAUGGCUGUCUUCAUUCCUGUUUAUUGCCAUUGAGCAAGAUUCCCAGGUCCCCAUUUGGAGCAGUCAGCAGAACACUCUAUCAAGGCAUAGUCCCUCCAAAUACAUAGGAGAUGCAGUUCCAUUUCACAACAUCCCAUUCUGCAGAUGCACAGCUUCUGGAAACUGUUCAGAAUUGCUGUUAAUGAUGGGUGUGAAGUCUGUGAUCUAAACUGUUCCUUCUUCACAAAUAAAGGAGACGUUAUUGUAGUGGGCGGUAGCAAUGGGCAGUUCUUAACUUGAAGAUUUAUAUGUCCUCUUUGUUUAACUGGUGAACAGCUGCCACCUACUCUGUUUCACACAUCUUUAACCUCCACAAAUAUAAUAAAGCCGCUUAAGAUCAAACUGAACAAGAUCCUUGUUGUAAGAACAUUCUACAAAUGUUCCAAUUUAUUAUACGAAUAAUUUCACUCAAAAAUAAUCAAUGGUUUAUUUAGUAAAAAUAAGUGAAGCUUCACAUUAAGAAAUGCCUAAUCUUCACAACAAACCGCAGCUCAAGUCUUUGAUCUCUUUGACCAUGUAUCCAUGUGAGGCAGGGGGGACAAAGAACUGGGAAUUCAGUUUUUGAAGUGCAUAGUGGGGGUGGGGAAAUUAUUUCAGCUGAGCUUUCUAAUUUACCAAAUAAAUUACAUAACUAGUAACUCAAGGAAAACUUGCAACUGUUCUUCAUACCGAACACAAGUAUAGUUGCUGUAGCCAAUGGGGUGCCUAUAAACUCCGAUUGUAAAAGAUGUGUUGUUUAAAGGAUCACUAUUGUGUCUCCUCCUUUUAUGCAUUAAAUAAUAAGUACUGUGCAA